GUAACCUCUCUUCUCUUUCGUCAAAAAAACUCACUUCCCCUCCUCUCUAAACUACCAAAACCUAAAGAGAAAAAAAUCAAGAAGCUAUCAAGAACUUCAAAAACAUGCUCAAGAUGUUGUCAGUAUUAAGGCGAAAAAGCCCGCGUGUCGCGGACGAAAGCGCGAUGGCGCCUUCCACGGUUAACGAGGGUGAUCAUCAAGAGGGAAGUGUGAUGAUGAAGUUCCCGUUUUCUUCGAUCAUGUCAUGUUUUGCGGUUCCACGAGUUAGCAAGACAGAUGGUGUUUGGGUGUCGGGAGAUUAUGGUAAGGUCACGUCGGAGGUUAACCAUCUCAUGGUUUGUGAUGGCAUGAGAUACGCUCUCUUGAUGUAAUUAUUUAGUUUUAUAUAUCUCUCAACUUAAUAUUAGCUACUAGUGUAAUACACAUUUGUUUUUGUGUUGAUGGCUUUUUUGUUUUAAUUAGGGUAUUUAGUGAAGAUUAUACAAAAGUCUUUUCACUUUUUUUUUUUUCGUUUCUUUUGUGUCCAUGAUGAGACUUGAAGUUAGGAAUAUUUAACUUUUUCUUUUUUGUACACAUCUGUCUUUUGAUAUUGCAAUAUGCUAGUGGUUAAUUAGAAAACUACCCACAUACACAACUUGGAGAUUCUUGAAUUUGAUA